UAUUCUUUGACUAGAUCGCUCACGUACCGCAGUCAGUUUUGCGAUCUCGUCGGGUAAAGUCGAACUGAAGAUAGAUAUUCAUGAAUGGGUGAAGUAACCACGAAAUACAGCAGCAGGCGAUAGAAACCAAUAAAUAUGUCUGGUCCGCCGAAUAUCAACAAUGGGCAUCCCGGUGGCAGUGGUCGUGGAUGGCUUCGAACGCCACCUCCUACCUAUUUCCGAUCACCAUCGCCUUGGGUUCCCCCUGGAUCAACACCUAAUGCACAGCGACCUGCUUCAUUAACCGGUUCUAGUGAAUCUCAGUAUUUUUCACGGUAUGAUGCCUCGCCAACUUACUUAGCUCAACCCGCAUACAGCUAUCAAUAUGGAGAGAUUAAUGAAACUCAAAACCAAACCCCUGCAAAUGUCAAUACUGCUUGGCAAAAUACUACUCAAAACCAGGGAAUGUGUGACAAUGGAACAAAACGUGCAUCGGAGCGAUUUACUAAGAAAGAAGUAAUUAGUACACAAAAGCAACAGCUCAAGCGUACAGCUCCUUUGCAUUCAACGUCUGGUAUUGAAACAGUAGUGGCAAAAAAUGUGCCAUCUUCUUCUCAGAGGAUGCAACCAAUGCCAGCAAUCAAUCAAAUGGAUGCAACUUUUCAACGGCCUCAAUCAAGAGGGCCUAAUGUUCGUCACCCUACCCCAUCCUUCCAGUAUGGUCACAUUGAGCAUCCAUCUAGCUUCGAGUCAAAUAACCAACCACAAUACGUUAUAUAUGAUUACUCCGGCGAAGCAGGCCCUUCAACGGCAGAAAUUAUAGCAAACCAGUCUCAAGAUUAUGUAGAUGAAAAAUUAGCCGAAUAUCAAGCGACGAUACAUCUAUUGCAAGAUGAACAAGAACGCGUACAAAAGAAAACAUUUGUAAAUUGGAUAAAUUCCUUCCUGAUCAAGCGUAAUCCACCUCUAAAAAUUGUUGAUCUGAUACAUGACCUAAAAGAUGGAACGAAAUUAUUGGCCUUACUCGAAGUGCUUUCCGGCCAUCGCUUACCCAUGGAAAAAGGGAAAAUAUUACGACGGCCACAUUAUUUAAGCAACAUCAAUACGGCUCUACAGUUUUUGACAAGCAAAAGAAUAAAGUUAGUAAAUAUCAACCCAUCUGAUAUUGUUGAUGGACGACCGGCUGUAGUAUUGGGACUUAUUUGGACAAUAAUUUUAUACUUCCAAAUAGAAGAAAAUAGUCGCAUUUUGUACUAUUUAAAUGAAAAUCUGAGUGGAUCUGUUAGUAGUUUGGACAGUAGUUCCACAUCAUGUAUUCCAAGUCCAAGUAAACCACUACUUCAGGAGGCUGCUUCAACCAAAGCCUCGCAAGAAAUGUUAAAACAAGGACCUAAGAAAACUCUUCUGGGUUGGGUGAACAACGCGCUUCCAAAGCAAUCAGGAUUAGAAAUUCGAGACUUUGGGGCAAGCUGGAGAGAUGGAUAUGCGUUUUUGACCCUUAUCGAUUCAAUAAAAACGAAUGUGAUAAAUAUUGCAGAUAUGAAGAGACAUAACAACCGUUACCGUUUAGAUACUGCAUUCAACGUAGCAGAAACGGAGCUUGGUAUAGCAAGACUAUUGGAUGCAGAGGAUGUCGAUGUCAACUGCCCAGACGAAAAAAGUAUUAUGACAUACGUGGCUCAAUUUUUACACAAAUACCCAGAUGUCAAGAAUAUAAACUCAAAGAGUGAAAGUGAACGAGAACUUUUCGGGUUGUUGAGUUGGCUUCACUCUACAGUACGUCAUUAUGACAACUUGAAUGGAAAUUACCCUAACAAUUAUGACAUGCGCGAAAAACUAAAUCAGGAGAAAUUAGAUAAACUGAGUGUCUACAAAAGAUUAAAGAACAUUCAUGCUGGAAAACUAACACCAGAAGUAGAUGAUUUGAAUGACUACUGGCACCGACUUGAGCAACAUUUACAGCAGUGGUUAUGGUAUUUGGAUUGCAAUCUAGCUGGUCAGUUUGGUAUUAUUGGUUUAUGGUUGAGCAAUGGCGAAAAACUAUUAAAUGAUAGUGACAUUCCCUUCAAUAUGAAUGAGGAAACUGCGUCACUUAUCAGCAAAAAAUUAGAGGCACAUAAACAAUUUUUUGCUGCCUAUCCAGAAGUUUAUGGAACGUUCAACGAAAUAAAACAUACUAGUGCUGCAAAAAAUAUCCCGGAGAAUCAGCUUGCAAACUUAGAGAGAAGGUUAUGUGAUAUUGAAAUUAUUGCCAAGCAACGCAGAAUAAAACUGAAAUUUCUUGAGCACAAAUGCUGCCUGAUUGCGUUCUUGAAUCUACUGGAUAACAAAAUCAACGGUGUAAAAUACAAUAACGAAGAUGUCGUGAAGCAGUCGCUUGAGCAGUUAAAAAGCUUUGUUACUAGGAAUCAAAUAAUGCAAGAAUUUGAAAAAGCCCUAAUUGACAUGCGACAGGUUAUCGAUGAAUACAAAGUUGAUGGAAACAUUUCCAAAAAAGAGGAAUAUAAUAUUGACACUUUUCUUCGUGAAAUUGAAGAUAGAUGGAAAAACGUAUCUUCUCGAUUGAUCUGUACUGAGACAAUGCUAGAAGAUGUGCUAUCACACUGGAAGCGCUGGAAUAAUCUUUCAGAUGAUUUGGAAAAGUGGAUUGCAGCUGCUCAUAUUGCGCUGAAUACAUCGGAAGAUGAGAAAAUUGAAUUCUUCCAAAGCUUGGCUGCAUAUAAAGAAAAAUUUGGCUUGCUUACUGAAACAUACAACAUUUUAAAAUCAACAUGUGAUUAUGAUACAGCCAAUAAAAUUGAAGCCGCAUACAAACAGCUAUCGCUGCACUGGGAGCAGAUUUUCCAGUACUCUAAGCAAUAUCUUCAUGUGGGAGAUAUUUUACAACACAGACAAAAGUUCAAAAAGGAUGCAACUUCUCUUAGCGAUUGGAUACAAAAAGCUGAAAUUAUAUUAUCGAGAAACAAUCUUAGAAACACCAACGACAUAAAGGAAUCUGAAGCUGAGAUAAAACAAAUAGCCUGUGAAAUUGAGUCCAAAGAAGAGCUAUUCAAAUCGGUCAGUAGAAGUUUCCAAGCUUUGAUAAAGGAAUAUUCAAGAGAUGAAGUAGAUAAAAUGAUGACUUUAAUGAAACGAGAAAAAGAAGCAUUGGUUUGCAUACGAGCGCAGAUUCCAAUUAAGCUUCAUCUUUUCCACCAAAUAUUGACUCAACAAGAUGCAUUAGAAUCCGGCCAAAAGGAAAUUUCCGACUGGCUAGAUGAAGCUGAAAAUCUUCUGAUAUCUUAUGCAUUUAACAAUGAACCCCAACAAACAUCAGUCAACCUUUCGAAGCAUAAAAACUUUUUCAAUCGAACCUUGUAUUACAAGUCAAUGUUGGAAAGCAAAAACAAUGUCUUUCAUAACCUUCUCAAAUUAACUAAUACAGAUAAUAGUAUCGAUAUGAAAGAUUUAUCUGGUAAAAUGAAGCAACUCAAUGAGAGAUUCGCGUAUGUCAUCAAUAACGCCAAUGAUUGGGAGCAUAAAUUGCAGGAAAAUUUAAAAGCAUGGGAAAAAUUCAGCAACUGUCAUCAACAAGUUGAAAAUUUUCUACGACAAGCAGAAUCUUGGCAAAACGUCACGGUGCCCCUUGAAAAGCAAAGUGAUGUUUUGAACCAACUGGAGUUUUUCAAUAACGCUGACCAAACAAUAAUCGGAGUCCUGGAAUCAAACACUGAAGAACUUCUUAAAUAUCUGCCACCAAAUGAACAAAAAAUUAUGAUAUUGGAUAUCGAGGCACUUCAAAAACAAUGGAGCUCAGUCAUUUCAAAUAUACCCAAGCAUCUUAUGAAGCUCGAAUUCAGAUUGAAUGAAAUCGCUUUUUAUAGCGACAUGGGUCAGAUUGAAAAAGAGUUGAACGCUGAAGAGCAAGCCUACAAUUGCAAUGAAAAUUAUGAAACCAUUGUUCAGCGAAAUGAAGAUUUUUUCAAAACAAAUGACCUACAAAAAAUUGAAAAAAAUUUGGCGACUUUGGAAAAGAUAAGCUACGUUUACGCAGAACGAUUUUCAAAUGAUCGAGUUUUAUGUCAGCAGUACCAGCUAGCAAACAAUGCAUGGAUUGAAAUGUGCAAAAGGAUCGAAAACGUCAAAAAUAUUCUACAUCAAAUUCCAGCUCAAUGGGAUGCUUAUCAUAACAAGUUUGAAGAUAUGACACAUUGGAUGGAUCGUGUUGACCAAUCGUUGCAGCAAAUAAUGAUGGAAAAAGAAACGUUGGAGCAGUUUGAACAGGAGAAGAAAACUUUUCAGUUGAGGGAACUAAUGAAUAUAUGUUUUGAAGCGGACAACAAAAGAGAGGACAUGAAAUGGUUGGUGAAAACGUUGGAUUUCUUAUUGAAUCACACAAAUGAAGAACUGGCAACAAUCGAGCAAAACAAAAUUGAAGCUUUGAUUGCCCGUUACAAAUCACUUAUACCAACAAUAGAAACAACGAUGAUUAAAACUGAAAUAUUUGCAAAGUGUUACACAUAUCGUCAUGAAACAGAAGAAAUAUGCAACUUGUUGGACAAAAUAAAAAUGCAAAGCAAACAGGCUCCAACACCAGACAGUUACAAUAAUGUGAAUAAUAUGAUAGAACAGCAGAACAUUUCUUUAAAAGAACUGGACAAUCAAAGAGGACAUAUAAUGAAAAUGCUGCAAAAGGGUAAAGACUUGAGCAAAAAUGCGAAUGCUCCGGAAUUUGUCAGCAAAACAACUAAAAUUCUAGAGAACAGCUGGAAUGAUACAUAUAAUGAAGCUGCGGGCAAGUUGAAAACAUUGCGAGCUAUUCAAAAAACAUGGAGUAAUUUCAAUGAACAGAAAGGCAAAAUUGAACAAUUACUAAAAACGGCAGAAAUGGAGUUAAGAUCCAUCACACCUCUUCAAACAGAUCCUACCAGUGUCACACAAGAUCUUGAAACGAAGAAACAACUAGCAAUGAAUUUGAAACAAGCAUCAUCCAAAUCAUUCCUGCAGUUGAAUGAUCUUUGUAGGGAGUUGGGGUCGUCUAUUCUUCCAACCGCAGUUCAAGCAUUGGAAAAAGAAACGACUGAACUACAAAACAGAGUAUUUAAUACUGUUAACUUUGUCGAGAAGCGUAUUGAUUAUCUUUCAGACUAUAAUGAUAAAUGGAAUGAAUACAAACAGCGACUAGAUAACUUGAAAAAUUGGGCUGGUAAUGUGUAUCCAAAAAUGAUGGCUUCUAUCAAGCAACCACAAAUUACUCCGGCCGAUAGACUUCAAAAAACAACACAGCUAGAGAAUGUGUUGAGUGAAAAAAUGAAAACAUUGGAUAUGCUCAAUGCAAGUGCCUCGGAUUUAGCCUCUAAAGAAGGCAAUUUAACCGAGAUGAAACGUCUCAAAAAUGAAGCACAACGUUUACAAGUCACUUUUUCAGAGCUGAACAAUACGCUUAAUGCUGAAAAAGCACAAGUUAGUCAAGAUUUAGAAAUGUGGGACCAAUACAACAAUGAAAUCGAAAAAAUAAAAUCAUGGAUUGAACAGAUCCAUUUUCCCCAGCAAACCAAGAUUUGUGUACUUGAAGAUGCAAAAUUACUUCAAAUAAAAUUAAAUGACCUCAAUGUGCAAUGCAGCAAUGCAUUCACUGAGUUGCAAAAUUUGUCACGAUUGUGUCAUAACAUUAAAUAUGGUGUCAAACCAACUGAAGAAGUAGACAAAUGUUAUGCAGCACUGACGGAUGUUCACGAAAACGUACAGCAUAUGAAAGGAAAGAUGGAUAAACUUAUUCAAAACUUUUCUACAAUGGAUGCUGAGUUGACAAAAAUUAAUUCAUUUGUAAAUGUAGCAAAUGAUAAAUUGCGUCAGUUUUCGGCUUUAACAUCAGAGCACUUACCUCUUGAUAAGUUAGACAACAACAUAAAAUCGCUACGUUUGUUCAACAAUGAGAUCUCUGAGCAGCAAGCCAAACUUAUCUCACUGGUGCAUGUUUUUGAUCAAAUCAAUACCGGAAUAUCAGAAGAAGGAAUUCCCGCGUUGAAAAAUAAGUUGCAAGAACCAAAAGAUCAAUUAUCAACUCUCAGUGAUGAAGUGCGGCGUUUAAUCAACGAAUAUUAUAAACUCAUUGUAAUUCAACAGAGUUUCAAUGCCAAAAUGACCGACUUCAGCAAUUGGAUGGAUCAAAUGACAACCAAUGUAGGAGAUUUGGAAGAAACUCUGCUAGAUGAAAUUGAUCUCGCACUACAAAAAGUACACUACCUAAUACAACAGCAUGUAGGAAAACAAGAAGCAUUCAAUGAAAUUUAUUCCGGAAUAAAACACGACAGUCUGUCUUCUAAUGUGGAAGAUCAUGCCGUGGUAGAUGAAACCUACACAUCGUUAGCUAGUAAUUAUCAGAAUAUCGAAGCUACUUUGCAGGCAUACAACAGUUAUUUACAAAAUUGGUCUGAUUUUGUGCAUUGGUACCGCGGAUUCAAAGAUCAAAUUCAGUAUAUGGGUGACAAUGCAGUAAAGUAUGAUUUGGUCGAUGAAAAUGACUUGAAACAGAUGAUGAACACAAUUGAAAACUAUAAACAAGAUAUUCAUUCUUGGAAGGAAAACAUGAUUACUGUUGAGCUUCAUCCUAGAGUUAAAAUAUGUGACCAGAAGGGUAACAAAGUUUCAGCGAUACCCAUGAUUGUAGAUCUGGAAAACAAAUUGGAUAAAAUAAAGUGCCAUUGUGAUGCAAAAACAAAUGAAUUAAGAGAUAUCAAACAAAGAGCCACUGCUUUUCAUGAAACACAAAGGAAGAUAAUCGCAAAUUUGAAUUUAAUUUCAGAUAAAUUGAAAGAUAUUAUCAAAAACGUAAGAUUAACCAAUAUAGGUGACAAACUGGAGGAGCUAUCUGACUUGAAAGAUAGCCUUAAUAAUGAAUGUUCUUCAAAAGCACAUAUUCAGUACGAAGGAGCUUUAUUGAUGAAACAAGAAGGGAUUCCGUUGAAUAGCAUUCAAGAGCCUCUUGUAGCUCUUGAUAAAGAGUUGAACAAUAUGCAAAGUGAUAUACAUGAAGCUAUUGAAACAUUGGGCCAUGUCCUUGAUAACUAUAACGAUUUUAACACAUUCAAUAUGGCUUUUAAUGCUGAGCUAAAAAAUAUAGCUACUGUGAACAAAGCAACAGUUAUAAAUGCUCCUGACAAACAAUCAAUAAUUGAUAAGCUCGAACAGUUGAAGAAAAAUUCAGAAUCAAUGAAAAGGAUUAAAAAGAAUGCUGAUGGUGUUUCGCACAAGGGUAACGAAAUCGUUAAAUCAUUCCGCAAAUACAAUCCAUUAGACUGCGAAAAUCUUCUAGAGAUUAUUAAACAAAAUAAUGAAGCAUUCAAGUUAAAUCUGGAUCAGUUGAUUGAUAAUAGUAAUGCUCUUAAUCACAAGUUGGCUUUGUAUAAGCAAAUCGAAGAAUUGGGACGAGACAUUAUAGCGUGGCUAGAGACAACCAAUGAUCAAUUCAACCGUGUGUUCGACAAUCCUUGUGAGACAGAGCACAAGAUAACUAACUAUGAAAACGAUCUACCGAAUCAACUCAACUCUAAAAGGAAUUUUCACGACCUUUUGUGUGAAUACAAGCAAAUGAACAACGAUAGUUUACCUCAACCCCUUGAAGCAAUGGAUGCCAACAUUGAAACUAUGUUCGCCGCAGUCCAGCUACAUUUUGAAAAACUCAAUUCCAAAAUGCAUGAAUACAACGAGACAGAGAAAGACCUGAAAGACAGAAUCAAAAGGAUCAUUGAAAAACUUUAUAACAUUCGUGAAAAUGUUAUGAAUUGUGACGACGUUACUCUAGAUACCAUCAAGCAGCUUAAAAAUUUGGAGAAGUUACAAACCCUUCGCAAUGCUAUUAAUUUAAUGGGAAUUGAAAUCACGGAUUUGAAGAAUAGUUUUGUCAACGCAGAAACAAAGUUUGAUUCCAUCAAAGAAAGCACAACUUCUCGAGAAGUUCACAAUUUGGAACAUCGCUUCGGAAUGGUACUAAACAACCUCAAUGAUGUAGAAAACAAAAUUAAUAAGGCUGUCGAAAAAGCUUUCAAAGAUAAAGCCUCAACGAUAAAUAGAAAUAUUUCUUCACAAUUGGAAAAAUUAAACUGGUGUCAACCUGAACCGAACAGCGAUAAGUACAAUUUAGAGAUGAAAAAAUCAACAUUAUGUGACAUCGAACAAUCAAUUUCUGAAUGUGACGCUAAUUUGAUAAAUCUUUCAGAGCUACUGGCGUCUCUUGAUGUUGUAUUGACUCCAUCAAAAAUUUCUCAUUUUAAAGAAGAAAAAGAAGAAGUUCAAAAAGGUCUCACUUAUUUGAAAUCAGAACUUAAUAAAGUAAAAACCGUGUUAAACUCCAAUAUAGCACUGUGGGAAGAAUAUGAAACAAAAUCAGCGGAAAUUAUUCAAUGGUUGAAGGAGAUUGAAAAGAAACAUAAAAUGGAAACGGUGCUUUUGAUAGAUUUGAAUACGCUUGAAGACAAAAUUUAUGAAACAAACAGCACUCAUGAAGCCUUGACGAAAUUCGGAUCGAAUUUGAGCAAACUGCAUGAGAUAGCAAAUAAUAUAAAUGCUAUAAAUCCAGAAUCCCGAGCGAUGGUUCUUGUACAACAGUUACAAACUAGAUUUAAUACAUUUGAAAAAUAUUUUUCAUUCCUCUUGAACAGAUUGUCGGAAGUCGAUUCCAAAAAUAAACAAUUCAAAUUGUUGAUGAAAGAUAUGCUUGUUUUCAUCGAAAACACUCGGCCAGUAGUAAGCAGUUUUGUUAAAGUAUUGAACAAAGAUAUUGAUGAAUUGAAGAGCUGCCGUACUCAAAUAGUAGCACAGGAGCAAUCAAUCAAUGAUACAUGUUCCUUGGGUGAAAAUUUGUACGUGGAAGUUAAUCCUGAUUGUCGUGAGGCAAUAAGAAUGGAAGUUUUAGCCUUGCGAAAUGCCUAUCAUGCUCUUUUGGAUGAAUGCAAUUCCAUCCUGAAAGAGAUGGAAACAAAUAUCAUUAACAAAAAAACGAUCGAUGAAAGCCAUAGCCAACUCCUUACAUGGCUAAAUGAUCUGAAAAACAAAUUGGACAGAAUGCCAGAAACCUGUGAAAAUUUACAACUGAAGAAAAAUGCAUUAUUUGAAUGUAAUGCUAUGCUCAAAGAUGCAAAUUAUCAUAAAGCAAGUGUUGAACAACUUCAAAAAAGAUCUAGUAAAUUGUAUAACGCAGAUGCCUUAUUGAACAUCAAUGAUACGUGUGAACAAUACUCUGCUCUUAUAAGCAGUCUAUUACAAAAAAUAACUGCCUACGAAACAGCUGUAAAAGACCAUGAACAUUAUAAUAGCGUAUUGGAAAAAUCUCGCGAUUGGCUCUUGAAGCUUAAGUCACAAACAAAUGAUGUGUUCAAUGAUGAGAUUGAUUACAACAAGAACAGAAUUGAAGAGCAUUUAUUGAUUAUUGACAAUACUCUUGUGGAAGAAGAAAUUGUUUUAGACAGUCUGAACGAUGCAUAUAAUCAAUUCACCAUUGUGUUGAGUCAAACAACGGAUGCUGGACAUUCUGAUCUACUCAGAACAUUUGAAGAAUGUAAGAACAGCUGGAUACAAUUCUUUGAAAAAUGCAGAACGAUUAGAUCUAAACUUAUGAACAACCUUAACAAAAUCGAAAAUGCGAACCAUAGUUUGGACGAUUGGCUCGCCUUGCUAAGUCAAACAAAAACAAAAAUUAAAGACUUAUCUUGUCAAAUAUCAGUUGAGCCAAAACAAAAUGUUAUCACAAAAUUAGGAAUGCUGCACAAGAACAUUGAAGACCAUGGAGUACAAAUCAGUAAUAUGGUUCAGGAAUAUCAACCGUUGAAAACAAACAACGACAUUUCAGUAAAGAUCUAUCAUGUUCAAAACGAAUAUCGAACUGCCAUGAGUUUGUGCACAGACGCAAUCGAUAAAGCAAAUGCUGUCAUCAAUGAUCAAGUUGAUUUCGAUAAAGCAUACGAUGAAUUCUCAAGCGUUCUAGUGAAUCACUUACGAUCAUUAGAUGAAUUUGAGCAAUUGGUUGGUGAUCUAAACAUAUUGCAAAAACGACAAAUUCAUCUUAAAGAGAUAGCAUACAAACGGCUUGAUGAUGCCAAUACUUUCGAAGACUUGAUAAGCAAAGGAGAAAAAUUAUCCAGUCAAACUUCCCCAGAAAAUCGUGAUCAAAUUCGUACAAGACUCUCGGACUUGAGACAGCAAUGGGAGAAACUUUCUGAUAAAUUAGAAGACACAUCACAAAAAGUAGAUCAAUGUAUUCUUCAAUUGGGAGAAUUCAACUUGCAACAAGAGCAACUUUCCAAAUGGUUGAAAGAUAUUGAAAUAUCUAUGGCAAUUACUGCUGAACUAAAAUCAAAUAUUCAGGAUAAACGAUCUCAGUAUCAGAAUCAUAAGCUGAUGCAUCAAGAGAUUCUUUCUCAAAAUGCAUUAGUGGACUCAGUUUGCAACAAAGCACAAAAUUUGCUUUCAUUGACUAAUGAUCAACAUUUAGGAUCCUAUUUGAUAUCCAUAAAGGAUACCUAUCAAAAUAUCGUUCAAAAAUCCAAUGAACUUCUCAAUAAAUUAAAUGAAUGUGUGAAUGUUCACAAUAAUUACAAUAAUGUUCUUGGGAAACUAAAGGUUUGGAUCACUGAGGAAAAGAAUAAGAUUACUGCUUGUGACGACGAAGGAGGCGAAAAGCAAGAAAUUAUCAAACGAAUUGAAAUUCUCAGUCGUUUAAAACAAGGACGAUCAAAAGGUGACGAUCUUUUCAAUCAAUUAUUACAAUGCCACGAAGUCAAUAAACGGAGCACAGCUUCUCAGGGGAUCUCCGCUGCAGAAGAGGAAAUGAAUGUGAUCAAAUCCGAUAUGGCCGACCUUGACAGGUAUUUAAAUGAAACGGCAGAUAAUCAAACACGAUGCCUGGCAAGCUGGACAGAAUUCGAUCAACAAUUAGAAAAGCUCACCAAGUGGUGCAGAUCAAUGGAAACUAUUUUCAGAGAUCAGCAACUUCACGAUACUAUACAAGAAAAGGAGAGCCAAUUGCAAGUAUAUCGUACCAACUUGGAAAAAAUAAAUGAGAAACAGAGAGACGUCGAUGAUUUUGUCACUAAUGCCCAAGCUUUGUUCAGCAAAACAGGUGUUGAAAAAGUUAAAUUUUAUAUCAAUCAACUCAUCAAUCGUUAUCAACUCCUGCUUGUUUUAAGCAGAGAGGUAGUAAACCGUGCGCAAAAUAUUGUAAACGACCAUAAAAGUUAUAUUGAUAAACUUAAUGAAUGUGAUGGAUUGCUAUCAAGUAUUGAAAGCAGUGUGAAGCUUUUAACUGUAGAAAAUGAUUCCAAGAUUAAUAAAAACACUAUGCAAAACAUAGAUAUUGAAAAAGAGAAAAUGGAAAAUUACCUACUAGCAUUGGUGACGGCAAGUGAAAAGGUUUUGUCUGAAUCUAGCUCACAAGGCCGAGAGGUAAUACGUAAUGAUAUUAAAGAAAUUAGAGAUCGCUUUGAUAGUAUCAUGUCAACGGCCAACAAUUUGAAAAAACAAUUUGAUAUCAGAUCUGUACAAUGGUUAACUUAUCAAGAUAGCUUGCAACAAAUUACAGCUUGGCUUGAUGUUACUGAGAAAAAGUGUGACACAAGCGAAACUCAAAGCUGGAACACAAUGCAAGAGAUCCGUUCGAAACUCUUUAAAUAUAAAGCAUUGGUGCAAGAAAUUUCCAGUCAAAAACGGGUAAUCGAUUCACUGUGUGAAAAAACUACUCAAAAUUUUGGAAAUCAAGAUGGUGAUGUAAUAUCCAAAGUAGAGUCUAUUAAUCAGCGGUAUGAACUAUUGAAACAAAAAUCAAGUGAUAUUGUCGUUGAUCUAGAACGAUCUUUAUCAUUGCUAAAUCGUUUCAAUGAACUUCUGAAAGCCCAAAUUGAUUCACAAGAAGAGCUUCUAAAUGAUUUAAAGCAACUUUCUGAUAUUUCAGGAAGUAGAAAAAUUAUCCAAGAAAAAAUAAUAAAAGUAGAAGAACUCCAAAAGCUAAUGCCAGCUAAAAUUGUUACCCUGACGGAUCUAAACAAACUUAUUACUGACAACAGUGGCAUUAUUUCUUACGGGGCGAAAUUGAACAUGGAACAGGAAUUGAAUAAAGUACAACAUGAGAUUGGAAAGCUGAGCACUUCCAUUAACGAUACUAAACUCGAGCUAGAAAAACGCAUUGAACUUUGGGAUGCAUACAAAAAUGAGCUUGAUGUGAUCAAUAAAUUCUUAUUAGAGGUUGAAGAUUGCAUGCGAUCAUAUGGGUUGAAAAACUCUCUGCUUGAGAAACAAGAACAACACGAACUCUAUCUGACUCUGUGUGGAAAACUUAAACACAAAAAUCUUGCUUUUGAUACAUUGCACGACAAAUCAUCAGAACUAUUACAAAGUAGCGGAGAUGCUAAAAUUCCAAUAUCAAUGCAGCAAAUAAAAUCCCGCAUGCAGUCCGUCGAGAAUGCCAUUAAAGAACUUUCUAAAAAGUGUGAGCAAGCUUAUGAAGAACACAAGACAUACAAAACUAAAUAUGACGAAUCUAUUUUUGAACUAGAUCAAAUAAAAGAGGCUUUUGAAAAUUGCAAGUUCAACCAACAAAGUAAUUUGGAUGAAGUUAUGCAAACAAUAAAAAUGCUACUCACAAAGCAAAAUGCGAUAAGCGUACAAUGUACCAUAGUGUCGGAUUUAGGCGAGAAAAUAUACACUUCAACUGCGACACAAGGACAACAAGUUCUACGCAAUGAGAUUCAGGAUUUGAUGCAGCGACUUGAAAAACUCUUUGAUGAGAUACAUUCAUACUUGAAGCAAUGUGAAGCCAAGUGUACUAAAAUUUCUGGGUUUAAAGAGAAACUUGAUCAAAUUCAGCAGUGGUUGAAUGAUAUAGGUUCAAGCCUGACUUGUGAUAUGAUUUUAAAACCAACACUUGAUGAAAAAUUAGCUCAGCAACAAACUUACAUUGAUCUGCUUACUGAUAUUAAAAAUCAUAAACCUGAAAUGAACAACAUACAGGACCUUCUUAACAAUUUAACACAAGAAGACGUGGGAGUAGAUUCAGUUUUUGUUGCUGUAAACAAAACCUACAACGAGUACUUCAAGACAUGUGAAGAUUGUGUGCAAGCAUAUGAAACAAUUGUUAAUAAUCAUCGACAGUAUUGUAAAGUGGUGCUAGAAACCUCUGAUUAUAUCGAUGCAAAUCAUAACACAAUUGAACUAUGGGGUGAAACUGAUCUGGAUCAAGUAUCAUUGCUUACAAAUUUGGACCGAUUGAAUGAAUUGAAAAAAUCGAUUGUGUCGGAAAGUAAUAGAAUUGAACAGAUACGAACACUUGGUGAGCUAACUAUUCCUGAUACUAGCGAUGAAGGGAAGGCCAAUAUAAGGCUGCAGAUUGAUAUUUCACAACAAGAAUGGGAAGGACUGUUAGUGACUGUUGAUGCUACGAUUGAAAAACUACAAUCCAAAAUAUUAGAGUGGAAUGAUUACGAAAAGCAACGUACAGACUGUAUGAAUUGGAUUCGUGAUGUAGAUUCAAAAAUACAUUCAAUUGAUCUGAAAGCUAGUCUGAACGAGAAAAAAGCCACAUUGGACUAUUUGAAAAGUCUGCAAGGUGAAGUCAAAGCAAAGGAACUUGAAAUUGACAGUUUUACUGAAAAAGCUCAACAGCUUUACAGGGGCUAUUUGAGUAGUAGAAACUCUCAAAUAUCUGAAUUAGCUAUCAAGUAUCAACAAACUUCCAACCGUGUCAAAGAGCUAGCAGCAAGAUGGCAACAAUAUGUCAUAAGUCAUCAAGAGCUAGAAUCUCAAGUAUCCAACUGCAAGCAUUGGCUGAAUGGUAUGAAAGAAAAACUUCAUUUUUGUGCUGAUCAAAGUACUACUUCUGAGAAAGAAUUGCAAAGUAAAUUAAAAUUAAUACAAGAGUUUAUUGUGAACAAGGAUGAAGGUACUUCAAAGAUUCAAAACAUAAUGGAUUUGGCACAGCAAGUUCUGGCUUGUACAACUUCGACUGGUCACGAAGCAAUCAAUAGAUCUGUUACCGCUUUACAAGAUGAAUGGUCCACAUUGACAAUGAAAAUGUUGGAUGUAAAAUCCAAUUUAGAUGAAGCAAUUAAUCAAUGGUCGGGAUUCCUAGACCAAAUAAAUGAUCUUCACAAAAAUAUUGAGUGGAUGGAAAAUGAAUUCAAAACUAACUCAGCAUUUCAACCUACAAUGGCCGAGAAGCGCGCCCAAUUGGACAGGAUCAAAAACAGCGAAGAAAAAAUUCGUAUGGAACGUAUCGAAAUAGAACCACUGAAACAGAAAGUAGUCGAAAUGUGUAAUUUAGGUCAACAAACUCAAGCUGUGUCCACUGCGCAGCAGAUUCUUGGCAAAUUUGAUUAUGUCGCCGAUCAAAUAAAAAAGCUUCUUACCGAAAGAGAGGAUCAAUAUCGUGAUCAUCGCUUAUAUAAGGAAGCAUAUGACGAUCUGUUCAAUUGGAUUAACAGAGCUCGUGAAAAGCUACCAUGUGUCAAACAACAAUCGCUCAGUGACAAACUAUCAAUCGACAAUGCGGUCGCUCCUUUAGAUUCUCUCAUGAACAAAAAAGCUCAAGGAGAACUUCUAGUAGAACAUUUAGUUCAUACUGGAGAGGUAGUGAUGGCUUCAACGUCUACUAAGGGUAAAGAAUCUAUCAAAAGUGACAUUGAUGGGUUGAAAAACAACUUCAACAACCUUUUCAAAGAAAUCGGUGAUCAAAAACGAAAUCUCGAAAAAACUAUUUCAAUGCUUAGAGAAUAUAAAGAUGAAUACGAGCGUCUGUCAGAAUGGUUGCAGCAAAUUGACAUAAUAGUAAAAAACAAUAAACUGUCCAUGUCCUCUAAUUUACAAGAAAAAGAAAAACAAGUCAAAGAUAUGCGCGAUUUGGUAGAGCGGUUAAAUAAAGGUCAAUCAGAAAUUGACAAAUUCAAUGCCUUUGCCACUCCACUACUUCAAUCACAUUUAGACUCAUAUAUUGGUAAUCAGAUGAGGCAUCUGAAUUCUCGCUAUCAGGUUCAAGUUAACAUUGCCAAGGAUGUGUUGAAAAAGGUAGAAACAAACUAUGAUCUUCACAGAGAUUACAAUGAUUACUUGCAAAAGGCAAACGCUUGGAUUGAUAAUGCUAAAGAGAUUGUAAGAUUUUCCACUGAUAAUGUAGAAAAUGUAAGUAAGGAAAAUCUGGAAAAACGUUUAGAAAGGGUCGUAGAACUGAUUCAACAAAGAGAUCAAGGACAAAAUCUUGUCAACAAUACUGUCAAUACAGGCGAAAAAGUUUUGAAAAAUACUAAAUCUGAUGGAAAGGAAGUAAUAAAUGCAGAGCUUAAGGAUAUUCAAAGCAAUUGGGAUCGAUUGGUGAAAAAGUUGUCUACGGCUAAAGUUCAUCUAGAAACAAGCUUACUGCAGUGGGCUGAUUAUAGCUCUAGCUAUAAUCAUCUUCAACAAUGGAUACAGGAUCGAGAAUCAAAACUUCAACGAGUCAGCGAGCAAAAAGUUGUUAGGUUCAAGUCUGGUACACCUACGAGCUUGAGUAGCGGUUUGAAUGAAAGAAGGGCCAAUUUACGUCAAGCCAAUGAUAUUGUACAGGAUAUAGUUUCAUUUGAACCAAUGAUCCAAUCUGUUGCAAAUAAAGCGUCGGAUCUUCAUCAAACAUCUCCGGCAUCCGAAAUUUCACACAAAUAUGAAAACCUAAGCAAGCAAGCCAAAGAGGUUUUCGCUAAACAAAAAGAGACUGUUGAAUUACAUCAAGCAUUUAUUGACUCGAGUAACGAAUUUGCUGCUUGGAUAAGAAACGCCAAAGAAAAUCUUAAUAAAUGUACCGACUAUAGAGGUGAUAAGGAUUCGUUGGUUUCAAAAAUGACGCAGUUGAAAGUUCUUGAGAAUGAUGCUCCUGUUGGUCAAAAGAAGCUUGAGAAAGCACUACAGCAGGCUGAAAUAGCAUGCCAGAUUGUUGACUCGGAAGAAUGUGAAGCGAUAGAGAAGGAAGUAGCUAUCCUCCAAGAAGAAUUUGACAACUAUUGUCUAGCUCUAAAGAAAAUAGGAACAGCUCUUGAAAACGGCAUUGUCCGCUGGACAGAGUAUGACGAUCAGUACAGUAUCGCUCAAAAAUGGUUGAAUAAUAUUGAAGAGGAAAUGCAACAGUACAACAAGAUGCAGAGUAGCCUUGAAGAGAAGAAACGUGUAUUGGAGGAGUUUCAGACAAAAUUACAAACUUUGUUUGACUGGCAGCGUGAGCUUGAUAAUCUGAAUAUGAAAGCUCAAGUCCUCCUUGACAUUUGUGCCGAUACUCGAGUCAGCAACGGUGUAACGCAGCUAACGACGAAAUAUAAUGUGCUGCUAUCUAUUGCAAAGGAAACAAUGAGACGACUUGAACAACAUUAUCAAGAACACCAGCAGCAUAAUACCCUUUACGGUGAAUGCCAGGAUUGGCUAGAUAGAAUGCAUGAAAAGAUUAAAGAAUGUGAUACUAUUCCUCACACUGUAACAGAAACAGAAUCAAAGUUGAAUAUCAUUAAAGGUAUUCGACAAAACCUCGAACAAGGUCAAAACAAACUGCGUUAUCUAUUUGAACUUAAAGAAAAAAUAGUUCUCAAUACGGAAUCGAACGGUGCCUCUAAAAUUGCCGAAGAUACCGAAAAUAUUAAAGCGGAUUAUGAAUCCUUGAUGCUGAAUAUUAAUGAAAACCGUCAAAAGCUGAUGAAUCGCUUGUCAUUACUGGAAGACAUUGGAAAACUUUCAAAAGUUCUGUUGGAAUGGAUUGAAGAAGUCCACGGAAAACUGAAUGAAAACACGAACUUCAGUGAGCUUUCUGAUACAAGAAUCGCAUUAGAAAAAUAUCGCACCAUUCAGAGGGAAACCGCAAAUUAUAAUGAGGUUGUUGGUAAAAUAAAAGAAAAGCUUGCCGAAUCCGACAACAUUAGAAAUGAUAAAGUGACUCAACUGCUUCAAGAUUACGAUGAUUUGAUAUCGAAGCUGAACACAGAGGUCGAAAGCUUAGAAAACCAGGUCAACAACUAUGAAAAAUUCAAGCAAGGGCUUCAAGAGUUGUAUGAUUGGAUGAAGACAACUAGAUCAAAUUCUGAGAGACUAACAGACUAUCAUGGUGAUAAAAACCAUAUUAUUGAACAACUUAAUCGGUUGAAAGAAAUACAGCUGUCAUUCUCCGAAGGCAAAAUCUUGCUGGAGAGCGCACAGGAACUUGGAACUAAGCUACUACAAAUUGUACACCAGGAAGGCCACGAUUCCGUUAAACAAGAACUAUUGCAAGCAAAAUCAGAUUUUGAAGAUGUAGAAGCUUUGACAAAAACGAUCAAUCAAGAAUUGACGGAUGUGUUGACUACAUGGGAAAACUUUUUGCAAAAAACAGACGACAUUGCCGCAUUUAUUUUGGAAUAUGAGGGCAAAAUAUCUUCAUUCACCGACGAAAACGCUGGCGAACAAGAAGCUAGUCUCAGACAACUGAAGCAUAUCUUCAAUUUAAUUGUGACCAAGAAAAAUUCCAUUGAAGAAUUGAAUGAUAUCUGCGAAGCAUUAAUGGAAAAAUGUGCAUGUUCUAUUGUUCGAGAUCGCACCGUUGAGCUCCAAAAAAGCUAUUCAUCAUUGUUGGUGAACUUGCAAGGAUUAAUAUCAAAAUUGGAAAAGGAUGUAGUGAGUCAAACGGAAUUUAUUUACUUCAAAGACGAAAUGCAGAAAUGGAUCGAUGAAGCCAAACGAGAGAUAUUAGAAUCACAGUGCUCCACUGCCGACGAUACUGUCAAUACCAAAAAGAAAAUACUUACUAUGCAAUCGCUUUCAAACACUGUACCCCAAGGACAAAAGCUUUUCGAAAUGCUACAGGAUUCGUUCACGAAAUCAUCCUACAUGUACUCCGAAGACAAGCAAACCAACAUGUUCCAAACAAUAUCUGAACAGCGUGAACAACUGGAUGCUAUUGUAAUGGAUAUUAAUAGCACUUUAAAUGAUUUGAAUUCCAAAUACCGUCGUUUGGAACAAUAUGAAGAAACGAAAAAACAAAUUGCAGAUUGGAUGAGCGCCACUGAAAAUUCGUUUGAAAUGUUGCCGGAGACACAUGGAGAAAUGGGCGAGCUCAAAAUGAUACUGGAAAAAGCUAAGCACAUUCUCACUGAAGUAACAUUUAAAAAAGUAGACUUGGAUAAUACCCAACAAGAAGCUACUGAUCUAUUUGAGUCAGGUAGAGCUGCCAUUGAAACUGAGAAAAUUUUAAAUUUACAACAAAGAAAUAACAAGCUAAAUGAAAAAUGCACUUAUAGCAUUCAGAAGUUGGAGAUGGAACUGAAUGACCAGAUGACGUAUUACCAAACGCUACAGGAAAUUGAAAAAUGGUUACUUCAAAUUUCAUUCCAGUUAAUGGCACAUAAUUCGUUGUAUAUUCAUAACCGAGAACAAACGUUGGAGCAAAUUGAGCAACACGAGAAGUUACUGAACGAAAUUCAACGAUAUCAAGUAAAUAUUGACGAUUUUAACAUAAAGGCACAAAGUCAAAUUGAAAGAUAUGUAUCGUUUUCACCCGACAUCAAAAACAAGAUUGAGAAUCAGAUGAAAAAUAUUCAGGACAGUUAUAACUCACUCUUGAAUACUUCGGUGCAAAUAAAAAACCGACUUUACGAUUCUCUCCACAAAUUUCAAGAAUAUGAAGACACUCUCGAUGACAUAGCCAGAAAUCUGGAUGAAGUUGAACCCGAGGUGGAAAAAGACAGGGAGCUCAAUUCCAACGAUUUAAAUAUGGUAAAAAAUCAGCUUGAACGUGCCCAGAAUAUCCAUAAUAAACUGCAAGUUGAAAAAAGUCGUUUGAUUCACGCUGUUCAAGCAUGUGAAGCUGCUACUGCGAGUAUUAGCCGACCAAGUUCGCCCAUCGAAAGUGCCCAUCAAGUGAUUCCGGAAAAAGAACUCAUUGUACGUGCACGGUUAGAAGAUCUUAUAGAUGAGGUUCAAACAUGGAUUACUGAUCUAGUAUCAGCAGUUAAUGGUUGUGAGCAUCAACUCAAACAAAAAAUUGAACUGGAACAAUGGAUUGAUAAACAGACUGCAACUAUAAAUGAAUGGUCGUCCAAGCCAUCCAAAUUUCGAUCCGAAGCUGCAGAACAGGAAAUUAAACAAAUGAAUGAGUUACUUAGAAACAUCAUCAUAAAGAGGGAUGAAAUUUCCUUUACUGAUGAUGAGCUAACUGAUAAGCUUGACGGUCUUGAACGAGAGUUGAAAAAAGUGAUUGACAAAAAAUCCUUUAACCAAUCCCACAUUGAACGCUACAAAAAAGGUUAUGAGGAUACGCAGAACUGGCUGGAUGCAAUCAGCAGUCAAAUUGACAAUCUUGAAAAGGGAUGUGGUUUGAACGGCAAGCAAAGACUGGAAAGAGUAAUUAAUAUUCAAAAAAUACUUCAAGAUGAUAAUGACAAUCUCAAAAAUUACAAGCACCUUGCGUCUAUUGUAAUUGAUCUUGUAAGUAACUUAGAUGCACAACAAGUUAAUGAGCAAAUGAAAUCAAUCGAUCGAAGGUUCAACGAUAUAAGUAAAAGGUUGAAUCGGAAGUUUGAAAUGAUUGAUUCAAUGAACAAAGCUUACACGAAGAUUGUUUCCGACAUUGAUUGUGUACAACAAUGGCUAUGCGAAAAGAAAAACUUAGUUACAUCACCGUACACACUCGGGUAUGAAGCAAAGUCGGCUGAAACGCAGCAGCAAACUUUCAAAUCACUAAUGAAAGAAUUGGAAAGCAGGCAAUCAUUUACAGAUACAAUUGGCAAAAGAAUUACUAGUAUCCAAGGCGAUUUGGAAAGCGCUGAAAAGCAGCCACUGGAAGAUGAUUUCAAAAAACUUUCUAGCGAUCUCAGUGCCCUAAACGAUUGCAUUCGAAAAGAAAUUGAAAAAAUCUCCGAUGAAAUUCUUUGUCGCAAGAACAUGCAGAACAAUUUCGAAAUGACUCGCACAUGGAUAAAAUCUAAGCUCAAUGAUGUAAACAAGAUAGCUGAACAUCUCCCUCUGAUGGCAUCCAACGUUCUGUCAGAAAUAAACUUGUGUAAGCGCCACGAAGUAACUAUUCGAGAAUUUGAAGAGAAAGCGUUCAAAGAUUUUAUUCAUCAAGUAAAUGAAAUCAUGAAGGACUGUAAUGAGGAUGGUCGGAAUAAGCUGUCACAUGAUGUUCAAGAAAUCAGAAACAAUUUGACGGAGUUGAUUGAGUGUUGUACGGGAAAAAUUGACUUUAUGGAAAGAGAAUGGAUGAAACGUUUGAAUUAUGAGAAUAACAAGGAUCGAUUUAAUGUUUGGUUGGCUGAUGCUGAGUCCAUUGCAUCGAUCAACGUCAGAGUAACCAGCUUGGACAUUCUUAAGGAGCAGUUUGAGAAAAUCAAUAAGUCAAUGAAUGAGAGUGCAGCCAUAAAAGGUUGCCUCAAAGAACUUGACGAAUAUAAGAAUGCGAUUAUACCAACAUUGAAUGAGCUAGAUAAAAAUUGCAUCAAUGCUCAAGUCAAAAACGCUCAAGAUAAAUGGAAUAGUCUUUAUAACGUUCUAUCUUCAAAACUUGAAAAAAUCAACAGUCACAUAAAUGAAUUCGAAGAUGCGUUACAUAAAAUUAAGAAAUGUGAAGAGUUUUUGGCUCAAGUUCAAAAUCAAAUACGUGAUAUGAACAAACCUAUGGCCAGCAAAAUCGAGUGCAUUCAAGAUUUCUUGAUAUCGUAUGAAACAAUCUUAGCCGAUUUAAAAGAAAAACGUCUGGAGUUGAAUUCAAUUCUUCUGACCAAUAUUCCACAUCUGCGAGAGAACACAUCGAAGCUGGAAGAAAUGAUAAUGACAAUAGAAGAGCAGCUGAAACGAUUGAAAACAAUAUUGACCAUGAAAGACCAAUUCAUCGGAUCAAUCAAUGACGUCGUUAAAACACUAGCAAAAAUCAACACUGAAUAUAGUGAAAUUGAUAAAUUUCCAUCUGCAAUUGAAGAAAGACUAAAAAAAUACGAAAAUAUUCUACUUCAAAUUGACGGUUGCAGCAACAUGAUUGCGGCUGCUGCAGAAAAAGGACGAUUGAUUGCAAAUGAGGGCACAGAUUUAGAUCGUCACAAUAUAAUGGACCAACUUCAUUCUUUGAAAACUCAAUUGGAUUCAGUUAAGAGAAAUGUUACCACCGAUCAAGAUAAAUGUAGAAAGGAGCAAAUGCAUCAGAAUUCACUGUUACACGAGUUUUCUACUCUGAUCAAUUGGUUCCAGAACAACAAUGAAGUGAUUGAAUCUCGUCCAUUGUAUAGUGAGCAGUUGAAUGAGUCAGCCGACCUUGUUGCCUCACAUAAACGAUUGUCUUCUGAAGCACGAACAAAAAUCUCUCAACUGGACAAUCUAAUGCAUAAAGUACAUUCGGGCACAAGAUACCCAAGGGAACUUCAAGCAAAGAUUGAAACGGCAGAGCAAUUCAGGAUUACUAUUCCACAGAAACUUACUGAUCGGGAAGCGUAUCUCCAACAAAACCAUGACUAUCGCAUUACCUAUCACGCAAGUAUAGAUCAAUUGAGCAAAUGGUUAGAUCAAACUGAAAAACAUGUGGAAAAAACACCUACAUUCAAAGUGGACAUUGAUUGUUUGAACCGAGAAAUUGUUGAGCUUGACAAAAUUGUCGAAUCUGAAAUCGCUACAAGAAAUUUGCUCUAUCAUGAUAUUCAAGAACAAGCAGAUAUGUUCUGGCACACUCUUGAAGAAAAAGAUCAGGACAGAUGUCUAUCGCAGCUACAAUUGUACAAAACGCGUUUCACUGAGCUUUCCAAUAGUAUUGCUCUCAAUCAAAAGGAAAUCCUAUUCAAUAAGAAUGUGCUGGAGCAACAUGUAUCACAGCGUAGUAAGGUGCUCUCGUGUCUUCAGAAUACUAGAUUUGAUGAUACUUUGAUGAUUCAACCAACACUGUCUGCGCGAAUCGAAUUCGUAAAUGAAAUGCUUGCAAUGCUUCGGACGAAACAACACGAGCUUGAUACAUUUAAUGAAAUAACAGGAACAAUCAUUCAAAAAUCACAUCCUAUUGAAAGUGAAAAAAUAAAUAGUGAUAAUAUUGAGCUCAACAAUCGGUGGACAAGUGAGGCAAGUUUUCUGGAAAAUUUACAUGAAAAUUUGAUUCAGCUUCGACAGCAGUGGAUUCAACUGGAAGAUAUCCUUCAAGAACUAGAGACAAAAUCCAGCAGCCUGUUAGAAAAGGACAAAAGUCUUGAUUUGGUAGUACGAUCGAGUGAAGAUAUCCAGAAUAAAUGUGCAUCAGUACAGAAUUUGUUGGAUGACAAAACAGUGCUCAACCAAUUGAAUGAGAAAGCUAAUCUAUUGGCUAAAACAUUGAUCGAAGCAUUGCGAGAACAAAAACUAUCUCCAAACACAUUAGAAGAAAAAUUGAUACAUCUGAACCAAAUCGACUCUAGGCUGACUGAAAAUUUGAAGGCGAAACAUCGCAAAAUAAAUCAAAAGUUGGAUAGCAUACAUCGCUUCUCGGACAAAUUAUCAAAACUAAGCAGUUGCAUCCAAGAAUUACUGGAAAAACUAAAGCAGAUUGAUCCAUUCGAUGAACGUUUAUAUCAAACGGAAAAAAAUCUUGUAGCAUGCAAAUCUAGUGCUCACGAGUACUCAGAACAUGUUAAUCAACUGGAUCAACAAAUAAACGAAGAAUAUUUAGGAACUCAAGAUUUCUUACCCGUUGAUAUAGAAGAGCAACUUAAGUCCUUGAAAGCAUCCAUCACAACUAUUUCCGAAACCAUGGAACAGUAUACAAGUGAAUUCCAAAGAGCUAAGGAAAUUAGAACAAACUACUUUGUAGUUUAUGAUAGAAUCAAAACAUGGAUUGAAAACGCAGAGCUAACAAUAAGCAAUCACAACAUUGAUCCCAGUGAACUGAAAACGAAACUUGUUCAAUUGGUUCAUGAAAGCCAAGAAGUACGAACUGCUUAUGAACAACUGGUGUACUAUGGAAACGAGAUCAUUAAAAAUUCCAAACACUACAAUGACCAAAAGGCAAUGCAAGCAAACAUGGAUCAAAUUCUGUUUGAACUAUCAAAAACAAUUCAACUCAUUGAGGACAAAAAUCAUACCGUUGAUCAAAUUCUUGGAAAUUGGGCCAAUUUCAUGAGAGUUUAUCAAUUGGUGGUCGAAUGGUCUCUAAAAUUACGACCACUUUUGGACCGGAAGCUCCAGUUGAAUUCGCUCCAAGAAGCGCAAUCGGCUCGCCAUCAAUAUGCUAACGCUGUAUCAAGCUUGACUGAUGUAUCGCAAAACUUAAGCGAAAUGAAUCACGAAUUCGACAAAAUAAACGAAGUGUGCUCGACUGGAUAUUUGAAAAAUAAAUUACACGAAGCCGAAACACUGAAAAUCGAUAACGAGACUGUUCUAUUUGAAAGAAACUUGUACUUACAAGAAACUACAGAGGAGUGGCUACAAUUUGAACACAAAAUCAAAAGUGUAAAAGAGUGGAUAAAGGAAAGCUAUAGUUUAUUGGAAUCUGCAGACCUGAAGAACAAGCCUUUGCGAGACCAAUUGAGAAUUCUUGAGCAAAUGCUUGCUGAUGUAUCAGCACAAAAAAUCAAAGUUAACAUUUCUUUGGAGAAGCUGCAGGUUCAUUUUCACUCGGAAGUAAUUUACACCGAAAAUCCUAAUAUAGUGCACGACGGGCGUAUCGUUAUUGAAGAUCUGGAAAAGCUCAACAGAGAUGUCUUCCAGACCACGCAAAACUUGGACCGAGCUUUAGUGCAAAUAGAAGACUGCCAAAGUGAAAUGCAAGCAAUUCGUCAACGCAUUGUACAUGAAGAGCAGCAACUUCGAAAUAUUCUUUCACCACUCCACCAGUCGAGCGAUAGUGAAAAGAACGAACAGGAAUGCCGUGAACGUAUUCGAGCUCUUCAAUCGCAUCUAAACCAAAUAAACGCCAAAAUCAAACUGCUGCUACAACGCGGCUCUCCAGAGGAGUGAAAUAGCCACAAUUUCCGGUCAAUUUUAUCAAAAUCGUGAUUUUAUUUAAACAAAUCUUCACAUUUGUCAUGUAUAUUUAUAUAUUUGUUUGCAAUUAUCAAAUACAGAUAUGUUAUUAAAACAA